AUGAGGGGGACAUUGAGUAGAGGCGUGUAUGGUUUGCGGGUGUUGCUUUGUGGUGCUUUGCAGUUGGAUUGUGGUGCGCGUCAAUGUCGGUCAUUGGAUGCUGGUACAAUACUGGAGAGGCGUCCGCGAGUAGGGGACGAGCCGGAGAUGUCUCCAAAAUUUUAUCGGCUGAGUCUACGAAAGGGCGACACAUUGUCACUACGUAUCUUCCAGACCAUAGCGCUGCAAUGUGUGGACGCGCUUAUGGCUGAUCCUAAGAUCGUCCUCUGCUCUGUCGAUCAAAUACACUUCCCACGUCGCACCCCCCAUAUCAAGACCUACAUCGACGCCGACUCUGCGAAAUACAACCUGGAUCGCGCACUUUUCCGAGUUCAACCUGUCCUCGAGUCCGAGGCUGAAGCUCACAGCUGGUUCGAGGACAGCUGUCGCUUCCCAGGACUCCUGUUGGCCGGCGAGACGGCCACCGACCCCGUGGCCGGUGGGAGUCAAGCGCCGCAGACCGAGCCCGUCGCCGGCGGCAGUCAAGCGCCGGAGACGGAACCCGUCGCCGGUGGAAGUCGGGACCCGG